GGACGCUGGGAAACAUUAAACAGCUCCGGGUCAAACGGCGUUCGGCAGUUGAGGCGGCUGCUGAAGUGUGUUGCUUGCUGUUUACUACUCCAGCCUGACUGAAUUAGAAAGAGCUGACGGCAGUGGAUUGAACCAGAAGAAUUUAAGAGGAGACUACUGUAAUUAGGAGAUAUGGGGGCUCUUAUAUCUCGGUGGAAGAAAAAGCUGACCACAGUUGAACAGCUUGAGAACCUGGACAAGGACAUUAAAGAGCUUGAGGAGUUUAGAGCCAAAAAUCAGCGUCUGCAAAAGCUGUGGGUUGGCAGGUUGCUUUUCUACUCAUCAGUCCUUUACCUGUUGACCUCUUUGAUCGUGUACUGUCUCUAUCUGCCUGAACAAUGGCUGGAAAAACUAGUGAUGGCCCUGCCUUUCUUUAUAUACCCUGGGCUGGUGUGGUUCAUCAGGAAGUUAUUGAUUUUACUCUUUUCAAAACGCACAGAGAGAAACAAUGAAAAAUUGGAGGAUUUGAAGGCUGCAAAGAAAAAGAUACUUGAGGAAGUGAUGGAAACAGAAACGUACAAAAACGCUAAACUCAUCCUGGAACGCUUUGAUCCAGAAGCUAAGAAAAAAGCUGAGCUGGAGUCCACUCCUGUACGUCCACUCACUCCCAGACCAGGACAAGAAGUGCGGCAGAGAGGGGUGGCAAUGAGACCCAUGCCCAUGGGCACACCCGUUGCCAUGGCAAUGACUCCCCAACCAGGAGCACGGCCCCCGCUGGGACCAGGGGCCACACCUGUGGCUCCAGGAGGACCACCAGAGAGGUCUGCUCUGUCAACCCCAGGCUUCCAUGGUGGAGUAUCCAGGACCCCUUGCUCUCCUAUACCAGGUGUAGGCAUGCAUCCUCCAGGUCCACCGUUGGCAAGACCUAUUCUUCCCAAAGACCGAGGCGCUGUGGAUCGAAUCAUUGAGUACCUGGUGGGAGACGGACCACAGAACAGAUAUGCGCUGAUUUGCCAGCAGUGCUUUUCUCAUAACGGCAUGGCUCUGAAAGAAGAGUACGAGUACUUGGCAUUUCGUUGCGCAUAUUGCUACUUCAUGAAUCCAGCCAGGAAGACACGACCCCAGGCUCCCAGGCUUCCAGAGUUCAGCUACGAGAGGCGGCUGCGAGCUGAAUCGCACUCUCCUGGAGGGACGCCACGUUCUAGGACGGACACAGACGAGAGUGCACCCACUUCUGGAGCCAAGGCUCCCGCACCAUGGAAUUUGGUCCACAGUUUCCAGAUCCAGCAGAGUCCAAAGAACCCUCAGAACCGACCUCUGCAGAGUCCAGAUGAGAGAGAAAUGGGAGAAGACGAAGGAGCCAUUAAAGAAAUAGAGGGAGAGAGCAAAUCAGAAGAGCAGCCACCACAGGAGGACAAGGCGGAGGAAGAGGAGGAGCAGGAGGAAGAAGAACUGGUUCCAAAGCAGGAGGCAGAGAAGGAACCAGAGCAGAGUCCGAGUGCCCACUGCGAGACAGAAUCUCAGUCAUCGUAGUUUCAGAGCUGCAGAACGGAUCAGUCUGCCCAGAGAAAGGUGUUGGUAUGAGCCACGACAGACAGAGUCCAUCAGAGAGAUUUUUACCAACUAUAUGAUAAUAUUCCUUGCAACCAACAACUCAUUAAAAAAACUAAAUGCAGAACGAAAUAAUAAACGAAAAAUAUGUUUAAUAUUUAAAAUACGCAACUCUAUUGCCAAAAAUGGUGCCAGGAUUAACCGGCCUUUACAGUUUGACUGGAAACACGUCAGAUUUGUGAUUGUAGUUUUAAUCCAACUGCUGUUUCUUACUGGGGCAGUUUAUGUUGUGUUUAACAAGCUUAGUUUAAUAUGUUGUGAUGUCUUUUAGGUUGUUAACAGCUGGAUAUUGGUUGAUUCACUAAUGGAAAGUAUUAUGAUUUAAGAUGUAACUGCUCACACAUGGUUUGUUCUCAGAUGCAGAAAUUCAUGCUUAAAUGUAAAGUCUUUCAACGUAUUUAUUUCACCCUUUGGUAGUAACUAUACUUUAUUAUAAGUUAAGUACAUUGACAUAUCUUACUUGCGUUUUUUUACCUAGUCAGUAAAGAAAUGAAGUGAAAACUAAGUGCAUCUUAAGAUAAACCUUUUGUGAGUCAGGACUUGAUCGUGUUUACAUGUGUCCAAGCUUUUAGCCUAAAACUAAAAGGUUUAGGAAAAUUGUUAUAAUUACAUGUCACUGAACAGUUUUGAUAAGAUAUUUUUCCUGACCGCUCGUCUUUGUUGGAGGUUUAGAUGAUAGAAAACUUUAGUUUUGCACUUAAAGCUCAUGAUGUAACAGACCUCAUGGGAAUGAAGGCUUUAGUUUGUACUAGGGUUCACACCAGAGAUGCGUACAGUACCUCCAGUUAAGGAGAGCUGGGAUGAAACCAGCCACUGGCAAUGUACGGACUGCGUCAUUCAGCUGAAUCCUUUUAGAGCACACAUCUUAGUAUUAAUUAAUUUCCUUUAGGCUUUGCUUUUCUAUUUUGCUCUACAGGAAACGUGACAAUCUAAGCUUGAAACUAAAAUGACCUGGUGUGGAGCCUGCCCCCAUGUGGAGGUGGUCACGGUGACACUAAGGAUGAAGGAGACUCCUGGAGGUUUGGGGAGAUGCGGGUGUUUCAGUGGUGAGGGUGAGCAAUGCUAACAACGAGGCUGUCAGCACAAAAUGAACCUUUUGACAGACUGGAGUUUAAACUUGCUUUGUAGCAGCUUAAUGCCACUCAUAGUUCUCUGAAGGCUUUUUUGUUUUUGCCAAAUGCGCCAUUGUUUUAUAUGAUAUUUGCACUGAGUUUCUCUUUGGCCACAUUGUAUUUUAUUCUCCAGUCCAUGUAUUGAUACGCAGAGAGUUGAGUUUUCAUCUGUAACUGGCUGUUUCAGCACCUGUUAAAUAGAGUUGGUUUGGGUUUUGUUGCAUCUGGAUUGGGAAGAUCAGUUGCACUGACAGUAGGCACCUGGUGCCGUCAUAACGCGUGCCUUGGUUGCUGCUGAUUGUUACUUAGUUUACAGCGUGAUCUGCUCUCUGUCUAGUUUAUGUAGGCAGGUUUCGUGGUUUAUUUGAUUAGAACUAUUAUGAAGUGUGUGCGAUUCAUUCAGCUCUAUAAUGAAACAUGAAGAAGGUCUAUGCAAAUGUGAAUAUGUUGCAUCACCUGUGCUACGAGUGGGCGAAAUAUUCUUGUGGGGCAGAAAGAUUCUUUUGUUAGAUUCUUUUGAUUCAUUUAGUUUGUAAAUGACUGUUGAUGUUGAUCAUGUGGCAGAAGGAUGAUGCCAGAUGAUUGACAGAUGCAGCUAUUCUUUUACUUAUAAUAUGCAGCUGGCAACAACUGUGAUUUUAGACAAAGCUUUGCUGCCUGAGGACGAUGGACCACUCCAUGAACUGGGUUGAUGACCAUAGCUUCUCCUUGCACCAGUUGCCAGCUGGUUCAGCAUCCUACCUGUAGCAACCUAUGGAUUCAACGUUAGCUGGAGGCUCCCAGAGCAAAAAUGCUGUUUAUCCAUGUUAAUGUGUUUUAGCAAUGAAAGUGUGGUUAGUAAUUAACUAUAUGACCCUGACACUUAUAUAUUUAAACAAACCUUUCAGAUUCUUGUACUUAAAUAAAUUCCUUCUAUUUGUAGACUUUUCUUUGCUCAACUGAGUUUCAGGUACAUUUCUGCCAGUGCUGGUGGACAGUAAGUGUGUGCAUGGCCCUAAUAAAGUUUUUUAACCACAAAGAA